CGCAAUUAUGUUAAGUAUGGACAUAAAUACGUGCACGUGUGUACUUUAGAUGCAUAUCAAUAUUAUGUUCUGUAAUUUACCUUCACACAACGGGCCAUAAUACCAUCAGUGCCUUUGAAAUAUUACAAAACGGUUUUGACAUCUACCCCACUGCAAUUAUUCGUUUUUGACCUUAUUUUUUUUUUGUAUAAAUAAAUAAAAAUUGUUCGAUAUGUUAUCAUUUGAUUGAACCUCUUUAAAGUACAAGAAAAACUGUUGAAUUCGAUUCAAAAUGUUCCCGAAAUUGUUCAUCUUUGCCACAAUCGUGGCUUUAGCUUUUGCUUCUCCAGUCGCCGAACCAAAAGCUGAUCCCAAACCGAGUUUAAUUGCUGCUGCGUAUACCGCACCGGUUGUAGCUGCACCUCUAACUACUUAUUCGUAUCCAUAUACGUAUGCUAGUUACGUAGCACCAUCAGUUUACAGUGCCGGUUUGACUGCAUAUUCGCCUUAUACUGGAUCUUAUGUAGUUGUUUAAAAUGAUGUAACAAACUUGAUUGGUUUAUUUAUUAUAAUUAAACUGUCAUGAUAAAUUUAAA